CCCUGCUCCUCCCAAGCCCUUCUCCCCUUCUUGAUGUUGUUGGCCUGCCUCUCCUACUCUCCUCUUCCUCCUCCCCCCCUGCCGCUCUCCUGGUGGCUUGCAUAUCAUAUCCUCCCUCCAUUCUUCCUUUCUUCACUCAAGCCAAGCUCUUUGCUUCUUGGGGUUGCCAUGCCUCAUAAUCUCAUUCUCACGGCUUGAGAAAAGAUCGGGCCUUGCCUUUUCCAGCUGCACCGGCUUGCUUGGCGCGGCCUUCGUCCCAUUUGCACCCCCUCCCCAGCUGUGUUUCAAUCGGCAAGGCCAUUGAUCCGAGGAUGGCGGACCACUUCGCGCUCAUGACGGGACGGAUGAUCACGGAGGCGACGCUUCAGGGCGCCAUCUUCGAUGCCCCUUCCGCGAAGGAUGCUUGUGAUCAUCAUGAUCCUUCUAUUUUUGAGGACGGGAGGACCAAGACUGGUGUCAUGGUGGAAUGCAGAAUCUGCCAAGAAGAAGGUGAUCAAGCCUACAUGGAGACCCCUUGCUCCUGCAAGGGUAGCCUCAAGUACGCUCACCACAUAUGCAUCCAGAGGUGGUGUAACGAGAAGGGAGACACCAUAUGUGAGAUAUGCUUACAGCAAUUUACACCAAACUACAGUGCCCCUUUGAAGUUGUUUCGGAUCGGAAGAAACCAAAUUAGCUUCAGGAGAGCUGGAGGAACACCAGAGAAUCUCAACGCUGGAGAAAACGUUUCCCAAACCGCUGAUCAUGCUGCCGGCACAUCAAGCUUUGACUCUCAAUUUUGCAAUCCAAAAGGCGUCACCUACUGCCGUGUGAUUGCCAUCGCCUUGAUGGCUCUGCUGGUGCUCCGUGACGCAAUCUCGCUUGUCCUCGGCGGCCCCGAGGUGUACUCGAUGGCACUGAUCACUCUGCUGAUGUUCAGAACAGCCGGAGUUGUCAUACCCAUCUACAUUAUCUUGAUAUCAGUUGUCACAUUGCUCCAUCGGUACAGUCAACACCAGGAUGUGCAUGGCGCAACGCCAGUUACAGAACCUGUAGGAAUUGAGGACACAGAGAGCCUGCCGCCGACGCCACCUCAACAGCAUGUCAUCAGCAUCCAGUAGCAAGCUGCACAAGGAGAAUGGUGGUUAGGUUCUGUCAAAUAUUAUUAGUCUCAUUGGAUGAAGUUAGCGAGAUCGACGCUGGCUGUCAUAGGAUACAGAAGAUGCAAAAUCAUUGCAAGUGUAAAGAUGUUCCGUAGAAUUGUACACAAAGCAUAUACUAGGAACAACACACUUGACUUAACAAGUCAUGGAGAUGAGAAGUGAAAUUGAAGUGGGCAUGUGUAUAUAAAGUUUAAGAAACCCUAGGCAAGUGUGAGUGAGUGUACAGGCUUUCCAACAUUCAUGGCAGUGAAAAUUUUGUGCCCAGCCACAGAAGACACCAGGCACUAAAACGUCUGCAUUCUCUUUGGAAAAAGCAGGGAAACUCUGUAUGAAAAUAGGCAAAAGUUCACGGUUACAUAAAUAAUACAGUACAUCAUGUCCCUCCUGUUCGUUUACACAACACAAAAAUUGCUUCAUAAGUGUUCUCUUACUCUCUGUCCUUGUAAACUGGGAAGGACUGCCAGUAUAGGCUA